GUUCAAGCUCCGCCUCGACAUAGGAUGACAAUUGAUUAAUUAAUUAAUCAAUCAAUCAAUUACCUUGCUCGUGAUGAUACGUCUAACGUCUCGAAUUCAAUACUUAAACGUCAACGCAUCCAGAUCAUUCCAGCGCCAACAAAGAUUCUUUCUAUUUUCACGUGCAUUCAAACAGACUCCCACACACGACUUCAACGUCAUACAUCUUGAACCUCGUAUUGCGACAUCAUCCAACAAAAGAUUCAAACUUGUAACCUCUCUCACUCUGUCAUCACAGAGUCACAACUUCGGCACACAAUCAGAAACCUCCAACUCAGCAGAAAUGUCGUCCAAACUCAUUCCCUCAGACCCUGAUCAUGUCAUGGUCAUUCGUAAUGUCACCCCCAACAUAGCCACUUUCUCAGUCCCCUUUUCACGAUUUGGAAAGGUCAAGAUUGGUGGCCGAGGCACUCUAGUCAAGCUCACCUCUGGAGGCCUUGCCAUCUUCUCACCAGUCGCACUCACCAAAGCCACCCAGGCCAAAGUCAUGGAGAUGGGAGGCGAUGUCCGCUAUAUCGUAGCUCUGGACUAUGAGCACCACAUAUUCAUUUCUGAGUGGAAAAAGGAAUAUCCUUCAGCCAAGAUCAUCGGCCCAGAGGGUCUGCCAGAAAAGCGCGCCAAGCAGACCGACGAUCCUAAGAUCAACGACGAUGAGUUUGCUGUUGUCUUCAAGAAGGAAAAUAAGCGGGAAAUCAAGAUUGACCCCGACUUUGAUGCCGAUUUUGACUAUGAAUACGUCGACGGCCACGCCAACCUUGAGAUUGUCUUCUUCUACAAGCCUGAGCAAGUCCUGAUCCAGGCUGAUCUUCUCUUCAACCUACCCCCCGCCGAGCAGUACAGUAAAGUGCCCGAAUCAGAAUUGCCCGCAGAUGGAGCUGUUGGCAAGCUCUUCGCCUGUGUCCAGAACCCCCGUGGUGAUACCAAGUGGUUACAGAGAUUUAACUGGUAUCUCCUCGCCAAGAACCGUGAAAGUUUCAACGACAGCAUGGCCCAAAUCGCCAAGUGGGACUUUCAUACCAUGAUUCCUUGCCAUGGAGAUGUUUUGGAGGGAGAUGGAAAGGAAGUGUUUAUGAAGGUGUUUGACUGGCAUCUCCAGGGACACAAAUAGACGUGAACGAUGACGAGAUCAUGGUGGCGGUGGUGGUGGUGGUGGUGGUGGUGGUGAUGAUGAU